GCGCCGUAAGCGACGCCGUGAAAUCCGUCUCCACCAGUGGCACCAGCGACCACCGCCGCCGCGCGCUCGACAAGAAGCAAGCAGACGCACGGCGUUCACGCACACACGCGUUCUCAGGACUACGCAGAAGGCCGAAGGCAAAGAAACGUGACUCUACAGCGACAUAACCAUGAAGGUGCCACCGACGAACAACAUGAAUGGCUUCAAUGACUACGACGAAGAGCACUAUUUCAAUGACGCCGCGCAGAACCACAAUACGCCGGCGAAUGGUAACGGGGCGGAUUUUCCAGCACCCGUCCAGGACGCCGAUUUCUCUGAGUACAUGUGGAUGGAGAAUGAGGAGGAAUUUGAUAAAGAGGUGCUGCAACGGCUCGAGGAGGAAGAACUCAUGGAACAAUGCAUGCUGCAGCAUAUGCUGGAUGAGCCCAGUCAAGCCAAUAACUCACAGAAUCGUCCAUCGAGGAAUAACACAAACCAGCGAGAAAAGCAAGAAAACACCGAGAUGGCAAAGAGCAGUACGCUGAAUCCGCACGCAGCGGAGUUCGUACCCAGCGCCAGCUGGGGGCGCAGUAAUCCACCCGAGCAGAAGUCGACUUAAAUCGCUUCGCGAGCGGCACGUGCACCAUGGUAUAAAAUAAAAAUUCAUUUAGGCGCGAGCGCACACACAAACACACUCACGACACGUUCAUGUUUUAUUACCGACGUAAAUUGAUAAACUAACACACAAAUGAAGCAAGCAUUAAUAUUAAUUUCGAAAAAAAAAAGAACUCAACUCAAUCCAACUAACAUAUUGUGAAACGCAUAAGUUUAAGGAUUUAUUACGAGGAGGGGGGAUAACUAAAUGUAAAUGAGAGAUGUGACAAGGAAAGCGAUGGUUGAGAGAUUGCCUGUUAUUUUUCUAUGCUAUGAUCUCAUUUAAAUGAAAAUUGAACAAAAAAAUAUUUAUAAUGGAAAAGCGCAAAAAAAUGAUAGCAUUUGCUUAUUAAUUAACUCUACUUACGAAUGAUAUGGUUGGUAAUUGCAUGAAGCGUGUGGGCAGACGGGAAAAGCUGGCUUAAUAACAAGAAAAAACGUAUAAGGAACGUGUGAUUUUCGCUUAAUUACAAAUGUUAGACGGGGUCUCCACGAAUACAGUAAGCGUCUCGAAAAUAGAUUUAGACUUAGGAUAUAUCGAUUAAUGAUUUAUGAAGUAAAAAAACAACUACACACUCAAAAAUAGAACCAGAGCGGAGAGAAAAGAGAAAGGCGGCAACCGAACGAGAUGCAAACUUGUUUAUUUAAGACUCGACAACGCUCUUCAGUUCCAUGAUAUUAUUUGGCAGCCGGUUUCAUGUUUAUUAAGCUCAAAGAUAGUAAAAAAUAUGUUUUUUUAGCCAAAAGUAAAGUAGAAAUUAGUCAUGCAACUAAAAAUAUGUGCGUUGCGCGUUUUUUUCCGAAGCUUUGAGUUUAAUUUACACACCAUUUUUGCAUUGGACGGGGGCUGUGAUGAUGGGAUGGAGCGAUAGCGAAACGUAAGAUACAAUUGUACAAAACAUUUAUCUACAUAUUUAUAUUUCACAUUCACGAAAAAAGCGACGAAAAUUUACUGGAAAAAAGCGUUGCGCUUCGGUCUGAACGCCGCGACGCGCGUUGCAACAGCAUAAAUUGUUUGCGAUUGCGUAAAAUCUACGUUUGUUGUUGUUGCCACGCGUGUCGCCGCGUCUGGGCACGAUUAAACCAGCCGUAAUAUUUAUAUUUACCUUCUCUGUACGUUUCGGGAGUCGAAUUUGUUUAAUUUUUUUGUCGAACAUAAUUUUACGUUUAAUCUGUACAAGUAAUUACUCAGCACACAACACUCUCUGAUAAAGUCUCGUCGAAUAACUUCGUCUUGAAUAACGAGAAUCUCAGUUUGACAAAUGAACAAUCACUUUAACAGCAAUAUCGCACUACCUGUGUUCAUCAAUGUGAUGUGAUUUGAUGCACUUGAGACUUUAUCAUAGAAUUGUUCGCAUAUAGCAAUCUCUUUCCGUCUAAUUAUGUGGAUAUCUUGAACUACAUGGAAUAAUUCUCUGAUGCUGGUUAAUCUGGAUGAGUUUGCAAGUACAAUUAUUACUUAAAUGCAUUUUUGGAUUGAUUGCAUUGUACAUAUUUUACAACCGUUUAUACAAUGUGUAUAUUAUUUUUGGUUGGCCUGGGUUGCUACGAUUUUUUUUAUCUAUUAUUUUCUUGUGUAACAGCUAAUUUGUUUGUAUAUAACUUGAUAUACAUGUGCGAUCUAUCAAUAUUUAUGUUUACUCACUCGGUUUCGUGUUGAUUAGGUUUAUUGUAGUUUUGUAAGUGGUCAAAAAUUGGAUUGGAAUUGUAAAAGCGCUGCACAUAUUCUCGAAUAAUUUUAAGCCCUGGAAAAGCUUUCGAUUUGUAAUUAAUUUUUAUCAUGUACGAAUCUUGAUCAGUUUUUUUUUUAUAUAAUUUCAAGUGGAACUUUGUAUUGAUUAUUAUUAUAAGAUGCCUCAAUAGAUACAAAUGUAAAAUACGAA